GUUGCUUUCCCCGUCUUGGAGAAUUUGGUAAUUUCGAAAUUGCCUAACAUAAUAGAGAUAUGGGAGAAGCGAUUACUCAUAGCCUCAGAAAACGAUUCAAAGUCCUGCCGACUUGAAGAUUUGGAGGUUUCUAAUUGUAAGAAAUUGGUUCAUGUGGUUCGGUUCAGUAUGCUCUCGCGAUUGCAAAAUCUGGAAAGAUUCAAGGUAGACAAUUGUCCAAAGAUGGAAGCAAUUGUCGCGGUGAAAGAAAUAGAAACAGGAACCACCAGUAAUGAUAUCAUCGUGUUCUCUCAACUAACAACUCUUAAACUUUCCAAGUUGGUGAGCCUUAAAAGUUUCUACAACUGGCCUACAAGAUUUGAAGCACAACCCUUGUUCAACCACCAGGUUUGA